CCUCGGCGCCUGCGCACUGCUGCCGAGCCAGUGAAGCGCCCCCCCUCCCCCACCUGCUGCAGGGCCGCGGGCGGCGGCGGCUCGCGAUGUGGGGACGGAUCAUCACUGUCAGAGUCGGGCUGCUGUGAGAUCAGGUGUUAUGGACAGGUAAUGAAAGAGAACCAUUUCCAGGAGCAACAAUGACUGAGUGCUUCCUGCCACCAACGAGCAGUCCUAGUGAACACCGCAGGGCUGAACAUGGCAGUAGCCUGGCUCGUACACCAAGCUCCGAAGAGAUUAGCCCUACAAAAUUCCCAGGACUGUAUCGUACUGGUGAGCCUUCACCUCCUCACGAAGGCUUGCAUGAGUCUGUUGACAUAGUGUCUGAUGAUGAAAAGGAACAUGCAAAGAAAAAAGGCAAAUUUAAAAAGAAAGAAAAGAGAACUGAGGGGUAUGCGGCCUUCCAAGAGGACAGCUCAGGUGAUGAAGCAGAGAGCCCAUCAAAGAUGAAAAGGCCAAAGGGUAUCCAUGUCUUCAAAAAGCCUAGUUUCUCCAAGAAGAAGGAAAAAGACUUCAAGGUCAAAGAGAAGCCAAAGGAGGAAAAGCACAAGGAGGAAAAACAUAAAGAGGAAAAACACAAGGAGAAGAAAUCCAAAGAUAUAACAGCAGCAGAUGUUGUUAAACAGUGGAAAGAAAAAAAGAAAAAGAAAAAGCCUGCUCCUGACCCAGAAGCAGUUCCAGUCGAUACUACUCCUUCUCUCAGGCCUGUCUUUGGUGUUCCCUUGGCUGAAGCUGCUGAGAGGACUAUGUUAUAUGAUGGGAUCCAGCUACCAGCCGUUUUUCGAGAGUGUAUUGACUACAUUGAGAAUUAUGGCAUGAAGAGUGAGGGCAUUUAUAGGGUAUCAGGUACCAAAUCAAAAAUUGAUGAAUUGAAAGCUGUGUAUGAUCGUGAAGAGUCUCCAAAUCUGGAGGAUUAUGAUGCAAAUACAGUGGCCAGCCUAUUGAAACAAUACCUCCGUGAGCUGCCUGAAAAUGUUCUUACCAAGGAACUCCUAAUGCGGUUUGAGGAUGCGUGUGGAAAAGGCACAGAUGGUGAAAAAGUCCAGGAAUGCCGACGUCUACUAAAGGAACUGCCUGUAUCGAAUUACCUCCUCUUUUCUUGGCUUAUUAUCCAUAUGGACCAUAUCAUAGAAAAAGAAAGCGAAACAAAAAUGAAUAUCCAGAAUAUUUCUAUUGUUCUUAGCCCUACUGUUCAGAUCAGCAAUCGUGUGCUAUACCUAUUUUUCACCCAUGUUAAAGAGCUGUUUGGGGAAAUAGAGUUGAAGCCAGUCGUCAAACCACUUCGCUGGUCUAAUGUGGCAACAAUGCCAGCCUUGCCUGAGACACAAGAGAGCAUUAAGGAAGAAAUUCGGCGACAGGAAUUUCUGUUGAAUUGCUUGCACAGAGACCUGCAAGCUGGCAUAAAGGACUUAUCCAAAGAAGAGAGAUUGUGGGAGGUGCAGCGAAUAUUAACAGCUCUAAAGCGUAAACUACGUGAAGCAAAAAGGCAGGAAUGUGAAACUAAGAUUGCCCAGGAAAUUGCUAGCCUUUCUAAGGAGGAUGUUUCUAAAGAAGAAAUGAAUGAAAAUGAAGAAGAAGUUAUCAAUAUUCUACUCGCUCAGGAGAAUGAAAUCCUGACCGAGCAGGAGGAACUGGUGGCCAUGGAGCAGUUUUUACGGCGACAGAUUGCAUCUGAAAAAGAAGAAAUUGAACGCCUUCGAGCCGAGAUUGCAGAAAUACAGAGUCGACAGCAACAGCAUGGACGGAGUGAAACUGAGGAAUAUUCCUCUGAGAGUGAGAGCGAGAGUGAGGAUGAGGAAGAACUGCAGCUCAUCCUGGAAGAUCUUCAGCGUCAAAAUGAAGAGUUGGAGGUGAAGAACAACCACCUGAAUCAAGCAAUCCAUGAUGAACGAGAGGCCAUCAUUGAGCUGCGAGUGCAGCUUCGACUGUUACAGAUGCAAAGACUGAAACGAGAGAAACUGACUCAGGAAGAUGCAGAGGAACCUGGAGAGAAUGCCACUAGUGCUCAGCAGCACAGGGACGUUGUGAGCGAUACAAGAAUUGCGCAGGAGCAGCCCAAAUCUGUGAAGGAAACAUUGAAACCCUCUCCAAGCAAAGAUCGUAAGGAGACCUCGAUUUGAAGAGCUCUGCACGAUUUGUCACAUUGCAGCUGCACUUAACAAAACUCUGACCAGAAAGCUGUACAAGUGGUGAACUGUAACAACAAUUGUUAUGUUCCUUUCCUACAGUUCAUUUUUGGUGAAUGAAAGUUACAAUAUCCCAAGUAUAAAGUUAAAAGCCAUGAGGUGAAAUGGUGUUGGUAAGCACAUAGAAGGCAAAUCUUUUGAGUUUUUUUUAAUGGAGAUAGAGGUUUUUGUUUUGUUACAAAGAACUGUGAAAAGUGUCCAGGCCACUUUUUGUUUUGUAAUUAUGCAUGUGGAAAGUACUUUAUUUUAAAUUGAAUUUUCCCUAUUAAAAGAAAUCUAUAUUUCUAGCUGAGGAUCAGUCAGUGCCAGGAAUGAUCAGGAUAGAGGCCUUUAAGUAAACAUUAAUAAUAAAUACAGAUGAGUGAUUUAACUGAAUUGUCAUCCAGUGAGCAAAGUUGAUAAAUGUUACAUGCUGUCAGUAACCUGUCUUUAUUUUAUAUCUUAGUAUUUAUCAUUCAUUAAAAUGGUUGGAGGAUAUUUGCAUAGAUCUCACAGUAAUACUGACCUGAUUGUGUCCUGGACUUCUGAUAACUCCUGCUUUUGUACAGUUGUUUGCACUGAUCCAUAAUUUAAAAUAAAAAUAACAAAAUGCCCGUAAGUGCACAUACAUGUGUUGAGAACAUUCCAGAGUGACUCAAGGCUGUUGUGAAGCAUCUUUCAGCUCUGGAUUGCUGAGUUUGUUUUAAUAAUGCAAAUAAUCUCAGCUCAAUCAUUCAAGUGCCAUUACUUUGAAAAUUGUUGCCACUAAUGACCAAGAGACUGCCUGGUGCAAAUGUCAUGACAGGUUACCCUUUCAUUAUCACUUAACUAGUCAUAGUCUAUGUGCUAUUAAAACUCUGAGAAUCUGCCUUCAAAAAGUAGAUUCUGUGUGUAAUCAAUUCAUUACCUGCUGAAUAAAAUACCUUUUUACUUAA